AACAUUUAAAUAGUAUUUAUCAAAAUUUAUCUUACCAAUUUCCAAAAAAUAAAAUAAAAUAAAAAAUAAUAAUAAUAACAAAAAUAUCAAGACAGCAUGGGAACCCUCGACGACGUCGUACCGUCGAUCCAAGACCUGAAAGUAUCGAUCCAAGAUUCAACCCUAGUUUAUCCUCUUCAAUGGCGGAAUCACGACAGCCCCAUGUUCCUGUCCAACAUAGAUCAGGUCCUCAAUUUUCAUGUCCAAACUCUGCACUUCUUUCCGGCCAACCCGAGCUACCCGCCGGAGACGGCCGCGGCGGCGCUCAGAACUGCGCUGCAGAAAGUGAUGGAGGAGCCGUACGAUUUCGUGGCCGGCCGGUUCAAGACGAACCCGGAAACCGGCCGGCUGGAGAUCGACCUGAGCAGAGCCGCCGGCGCCGGAUUCGUGGUGGCGGCGACGGAAUAUUCCCUUGAUGAGAUCGGGAAUCUGGUGUAUCCGAAUCCUGGGUUUAUGCAGCUCAUUGUUCCUGGAAUUGAGAAGUUCGAUGAUCAGCCACUUUGUGUUAUUCAGCUGACGUCGUUCAAAUGUGGCGGCUUCGUAAUGGGAUUGUCGACGAACCACGGAUUAUUCGACGGACUUAGCUCGAAAACUUUCCUCCAAAACUUAGCCUCCCAAGCAUUUCCCGACAAGCCCCUCGCCGUCGUCCCGUGCAACGACCGCCGCCUCCUCGCCGCCCGAUCGCCGCCUCAAGUGGCCUUCCCGCACCCGGAGCUCCUCAAACUAAAGCUCCCGAUCGGCCAAGAAGCUCCGCCGUCUCCAUCGGACCCCGACCAAGACGACCUCGAUUUCAAAAUCUUCAACUUGAGCGCCGCCGACAUCGGAUUUCUAAAAGAAAAGGCGAAAUCCGAUGGCGGCGCUGCCAAAAUCACCGGCUUCAACGUCGUCACCGCCCACAUUUGGCGCUGCAAGGCCCUCUGCUCCGGGACCGGCGAAGGCCCCAACCGCGAAUCCAUGGUCCUCUUCGCCGUUGACAUCCGGUCGAGGCUCCGGCCGCCGUUGCCGUUGUCAUUUUGCGGAAACGCCGUCCUCUCAGCCUACGCCGCCGCGAAUUGCGGCGAGCUCGAGGCCGGGCCGUUCGGGAAAUUGGUCGGCAUGGUUGCGGAAGGGUCGACCCGGAUGACCGACGAGUACGCGCGGUCGGCGAUCGAUUGGGGCGAGGUGUACAAAGGUUUUCCGAACGGCGAGUUUUUGCUGUCGUCGUGGUGGCGGUUAGGGUUCGACGAGGUCGAUUAUCCGUGGGGGACGCCGCGGUAUAGCUGCCCGGUCGUCUACCGCCGGAAGGACAUAAUAUUGCUCUUCCCGGAGAUCGGCGGCGCCGCCGCCGGCAACGGCGUCAAUGUGUUGGUGGCAUUGGCUCCUAAGGAGAUGGCUAAGUUUCAGUCUUUGUUCUACAAGUUCUUGGCAUGAUCAAAUGCUGAUUAUUAAUGAUCUAUUUAUUUAUAUAAUCUAUAUAUAUAUAUAUUAUUGAAAUUUGUGUGUGUAUUAUUGGUGAAAAUAUUUGGUGAUUAUUGAUUUAUAAUUAUGGUUGAUGAAAACAUGUGUGGUUAUGAUCAUUGCAUGCAAUUAUUUG